AUGGUCGAACCUGAAGUAACUGAAGAAAUUUUUCAAGGAUAUAAUGAUUGGCAACGAGAUAACAAUCAAGAUAAUAAUCAAAACAAUGAAAAUAAUGUUGUGGAGGGAAAUGGACAAGAAUUAGUAGCAAUUGAACAAGGAAAUGGUAAUGAUAAUGCUGGUGAUCCUGCAGAUGAACCAGAAGAAAAUAUUGGAUUUGAAAAUUUGACAAUUGAUGAAAAAUUGGGUAAAAUAUUUAUGGAAUGCCGAAAAUUGAAAAAAGAAGUAAAGGAAUGCAAAAAGACAAUUAAAACACUUAAGUCGGAUAUAAGCAAAUUAGAGAGUGAAAAUAAUAAAAUAAAUGAAGAAAAAGAAGAAUUAUAUAAGAAUUUUUGCAAAACAAAUGCGGCAUGUAUAAAAUAUAAAAAGGGCACAAACACAGGGUUCGGUUCUUUUAUUGGAGGUGGUUUUGCGGUUGUUAUACCUCUUCUUCUGAAAUACAUUGGUGUGGCAAGCUUGUUUAGUUUUCCUGUGGGUGGCCAGAUGUAUGUGGGAUUUACAAUUUUUGGCGGAGUGGUAGGUGGAAUUAUUGGAAGGAUGUGUACUAGUAAUAAGCCAAAAAUUUCAAUCAAAAAAUAA